AUGGCCACACUACACAAAUCCUCUUCCUCAAACACCACGCUAGACUUCGAUUGCAAAUACAAACUCUUUGUCAAAAACAAUCUUCCUUAUACUCGGGGACAAUUUGGCACGAUGCUUUCCGUGCAUUGUUUUAGCAGGUACGAAGACUUUGGAUAUGACCUCAUUGGGCUCGACAGAACCGUCAAUUUUACUCUCUGCUCCAACCCUCGCUCGACUCAGUACCUUUGCACUCUCCAAUGGGUUAACAAAACGGUAGAUAUAACCAUACGCGCGUUUGAAGCGUAUAAUGAUGAUAGAUGCUACCGAACAAAUCUAUGCUUUUACGCGGCUUUAAGAGAUGGCAUUUACUUCACCGGGAACUACCCGCCUACGGACUUGACGUUGAAUCAUCCGUGGUCUUGA